AUGGAGGUGAAGCAGGAGAUGAUGGAGGUGAAGCAGGAGGUGAUGGAGGAGAAGCAGGAGGUGAUGGAGGUGAAGCAGGAGAUGAUGGAGGUGAAGCAGGCGGUGAUGGAGGAGAAGCAGGAGGUGAUGGAGGUGAAGCAGGAGGUGAUGGAGGAGAAGCAGGCGGUGAUGGAGGUGAAGCAGGAGGUGAUGAAGGAGAAGCAGGAGGUGAAGCAGGAGGUGAUGGAGGUGAAGCAGGAGGUGAUGGAGGAGAAGCAGGAGGUGAUGGAGGAGAAGCAGGAGGUGAUGGAGGUGAAGCAGGAGGUGAUGGAGGUGAAGCAGGAGGUGAUGGAGGUGAAGCAGGAGGUGAUGAAGGAGAAGCAGGAGGUGAUGGAGGUGAAGCAGGAGGUGAUGGAGGUGAAGCAGGAGGUGAUGAAGGAGAAGCAGGAGGUGAUGGAGGUGAAGCAGGAGGUGAUGGAGGAGAAGCAGGAGGUGAUGGAGGUGAAGCAGGAGGUGAUGGAGGAGAAGCAGGAGGUGAUGGAGGUGAAGCAGGAGUUGAUGGAGGUGAAGCAGGAGGUGAUGGAGGAGAAGCAGGAGGUGAUGGAGGUGAAGCAGGAGGUGAUGGAGGUGAAGCAGGAGGUGAUGGAGGAGAAGCAGGAGGUGAUGGAGGAGAAGCAGGAGGUGAUGGAGGUGAAGCAGGAGGUGAUGGAGGUGAAGCAGGAGGUGAAGCAGGAGGUGAUGGAGGAGAAGCAGGAGGUGAUGAAGGUGAUGAAGGAGAAAUGA